AUGAGACACUACUUUAUCCUCGGCCUCCUAGCCCUAGCAACAGCGAGUCAACCGCCCCGGCCCGGCCCAACCGUCGACUCCAACCUAUACAGCGGCGACUGCACGCGCGAGCGGCUCCAAACCCGCAAGGAAUGGCGCAACCUCGACCGCUCGCAGCAGGAAGCCUACCUGGACGCGGUGCAAUGCCUGAUCGAUCUCCCCGCGGAGACAGGGAUGGCGUACACAACAAGCCGGUGGAGCGAUCUGCAGGCCCUGCAUCGGUAUUACACCAACACCGAGUACGGCGAUGUCAUCCAUAACGUGGGCCAAUUCCUCCCUUGGCAUAGGUACCUGCUACACAUCCACGAGACGCUUCUCCGGGAGCAGUGCGGGUAUACCGGUCCGAUGGUAUGGUGGAACGAACAAGCCGAUGCAGACACAGGGGACCUCUUCCGCUCGCCCAUGUGGAACGACGAUUCCUUCGGGGGCGACGGCACCGAACCCGCCAACUGUAUGGCGGACGGGCGCUUCGCCGAUUUGACGCAGUACAUCGGGCCGUUGGACAACAACACGGAACGCUGUCUGGAGCGGGAGUGGGAUAGCCCCCUGGGGGUCAGGAAUGUCAACAGCACGAUGGUGGGCCAGUGCUUCGAUCUGACCAGCUACACGCCCUUCUGGCAGUGCGUGGCCUCGUAUCCGCACAAGGGGGUGCAUCAGGCCGUUGGGGGGCUGAUGGCAGACGUCAAGGCCUCCCCCGGCGACCCGAUGUUCUACAUCCACCACGCCUUCAUCGACCGGCUGUGGUAUACCUGGCAGAUGGUUGACCCGGAUACCCGACUAUUCGCGAUGGGUGGGACCUCGGUCAAUUACACGGAUCUGCCGACUCCUCCGGGGGGUUGGCCGGAGACGACGCUGGAGUAUGAGCUGGAGUCAUAUGAGAUCUUGCCGGGGGUCACGGUGGAGGAUGUGAUGAAUCCGGUGGGCGGGUAUUUGUGUUAUGAGUAUGAUUGA